AUGCGGCAACAACAGUAUAUUGUUGCUGCAAUUGACAAACAAUCUGAUCAAACUAAGCGUGAGUAUUGGCUUCGCUUAAAUGCUUCAGUUGAUGUGGUGAGGAUUCUCUUGAAUCAAGGGUUUGCAUUCCGCGAUCAUGAUGAAAGUGAAACGUCAUUGAACAAGGUUGAUGAGUCUUUAGAUGUGUCACGCAAAGAGCAAAUGGCAAUUACUUUACGACAUGUCAAUAAAAGAGGAAGUGUGAUGGAGAGGUUUAUUGGAAUUGUUCAUGUUCGAGAUGUUAGUGCUUUAUCUCUAAAGAAAGUAGUUGCCGAUGUGUUGGGAGCUUCUUCUAAACGUGUGGAUGAAUUUCGAGAAUCUCAGAACGAAAAACUCUAA